AUGGGGUUUUGUGUUGGUAGGCCGGUGUUGUUGGCAUAGUAUAUAUAGUGGUGUAAUAAGACAAAUUUAGAGGCCUCUCUAAUUUUAAAAGCAGGCAACUAACCAUCACCAAAUUUUGCCUGAAAGUAGAAUAGCAUAAAAAAUUCCACUAAAUAUAGGAAAUAAUAUUUUCACCUAAGUUAGCUCAGUUUAGGUUUCCUCCUGUAGUAACAUGCACUGGAUCAAUACGAGAUGACUCUUACUGGACGUCUAGGGAUGACAGUUUAUAGAACUGAUAGAACUAUCCAGUAUAAGUAAAGUUAGUUUAGUUUAGGUUUCCUCCUGUAGUAACACUGGAUCAAUAAGAGAUGAUCCUUACUGGACGUCUAGGGAUGACAGUUUAUAGAACUGAUAGAGCUAUCCAGUAUAAGUAAAGUUAGUUUAGUUUAGGUUUCCUCCUGUAGUAACACUAGAUCAAUAAGAGAUGAUCCUUACUGGACGUCUAGGAAGAACAGUUUAGAACUGAUAGAACUAUCCAGUAUAAAUAAAGUUAGUUUAGUUUAGGUUUCCUCCUGUAGUAACACUGGAUCAAUACGAGAUGAUCCUUACUGGACCUCUAGGGAGAACAGUUUAUAGAACUGAUAGAACUAUAUCCAGUAUAAAUAAAGUUAGUUAGUUUAGGUUUCCUCCUGUAGCAACACUGGAUCAAUAAGAGAUGAUCCUUAAUGGACCUCUAGGAAGAACAGUUUAGAACUGAUAAAGCUAUCCAGUAUAAAUAAAGUUAGUUUAGUUUAGGUUUCCUCCUGUAGCAACACUGAAUCAAUAAGAGAUGAUCCUUACUAGACCUCUAGGAAGAACAGUUUAGAACUGAUAGAUGAACUGAUCUAUAUAUAAAUAAAGUUAUAGUUUAGUUUAGGUUUCCCCCUGUAGUAACACUGGAUAUACACAGUAUAACAGUAUAAAUAAAGUUAGAAAUUUUAUUAAUGUUCUUUAUGCUACCUCCAGACUCCUCGUCCUGAAUGGGUGUUACAGUGGCCAGGUCAGAUCGUCAUUGCUGGCUGUCAGACACAUUGGACUAAGGAAGUCUCAGAAGCUUUGGAGAAGGGCGAACUGAAAGAAUUGUUUGUCAUUCUGAAGAAACAGGUUUGCAAGCUAUCGGUAUUUGUUGUGAAACCUUUGCCUGAGAACAGAUCGACCGCUCCGUGUCAAUUCUUAUGCGUAGCGAAGUAAACCUUUAAUUUUUGCACUAUUUUUCUAGUUAAGCGAUUUGGUUUCACUCGUGAGAGGUCAGUUGUCUAAACUGGAAAGGGCGAUACUGGGUGCUUUAAUUGUCAUUGAGGUACGUAUAGGAGUGCAAUAGAGUUUAAUAUAAAGCCAGUCAAAGUACUCCAGUGUGUAAAUAGAGAGUUUACGAUUCACGACGCGGCCAGAGAAAACGCGUUAGAAAGGCUUGGUAACUAGCACGACCAACGCGUAGUUUUUACAUUUGAAUAUUUAAAGUUGAAGUCAAGUCCGUAAUGUAAACAAACGGUUUGUUUACAUUUUGAACUGCUGUAUGUUUUAAAAUAUGAUGUACUGUCUGAAUAUCUAACACCAUUUUGGUUCGCUAUGCUUCAGUAAAUGAAUAUGAAAUAGAGUUUAUGUUUAAAAAAUUCGAAACAUUCGAAAUUUGGGCAAUGUUCACAUCAGAGGUCCUCACAUUGUUAUGAGCAGAACCGAUGCCUAGAACGGACUUGACUUCCACGUUAAUUCCUUUUGUAAUUUUUAUUUUCAUUAUCAAAUGCUUGUAAUGUUAGGCCCCGUUUACAUGAGAUCGGAACGAAGUCAAAUCGGAAUGAAAAUUAAAAUUGUCAACAUGUUUACAUAUAAGACCGGUACGAAAAUCACAAAAUUUUCAAUUUAUUCCCCUUGCCAGGCAAGUUUCUUUUUUAUAGAUGACUUUUGUUAGCAUGUGUUGUUCCAAUGUUAAGGUUGCAGUCGAGACCAAUCUUAAAUGUAUUUGUGUUUACAUUCAUCCCGGUCUGAAUUCAUGCCGGUCUGAAGUCAGUCGGCUUGGUCCAGCAGGCGGAAUGACGUGAGACCGGCAUGAGUUAUUUUCGUCCAGGUCUCAUGUAAACAUCUAUUAUAGAUGCUUGUGUGAUGUUACUCUUGAGUAUUCUAAAGGUCGUAGGUUCGAUUCCCACCGUGGCCAGGCAUAUUUUUCAAGCCUGUCCGGUGUGGAUAUACACUCAGAGUAACAUCACACAAGCUGCAUCUUAUUCACCUGAGUACAUUACACCAACACAGCAAAUAUCAUCUAUUAUAAAUAAUAUUAUGACCGAAACGAAAUGGCCCCGGUUUGAAUUUGUUCCGCGGUCUCAUGUAAACAGGACCUAACGGGGCCUGCGCUCUCCCUUUGACCAUUAAAAUUGUCUGGCGUUAGACAGGGUAAAGUAACAAAGUAGGGCCCACCAGGGCGCAAUGCAGCUCAAUGGACUUACCAUAUUUUAUAUCUUAGGUUCACGCCUGUGAUGUUGUCGAUAAAAUGGUACAAGAAAAUGUCAAGAAUAUCAACGAUUUUGAGUGGAUUAGUCAGCUGAGGUACUGGAUGAAUGUUGUAUACGAUUUCAAACGUAUCCUGGAUAAAUGUAUCGGUUAUGUUUAAAUCGUUCUUUUCAGAGGUUCAGUAAGGUUCAUCCCUUAUUCCAUGGUUGGAUAAUGUUCGUCAGUUCCACAAAAUGAGUUUUGAGAAUAUACACGUAAAAAUCUCACAACUUGUCAACAAGAUGUGUUCGCAACAGGCUUGCAGCAAGCUUGUCGACAAGUUGUAACAAUGCUGUUAUUUUAUCAAGUUGCUACAAGGUUGUCACUCACAACUUGUUGACAAAUUGCUGAAUGCAGGACGAUAACAAGUUGUUGGAACAACUUGAGCUCAACAACCUUGUAACAAGUUGUCAACAAGCUGGGAACAAGCAGUGCGAACACAUCCUGUUGACAAGUUGUUGGAACAGCAUUGCUAUAUAUAGAAAUAUAACGAAAAGGGCGAAGGGGCUUCAAAGCUUGCAAGUUGUUGCUGUAUUUUCAUAUUAUACAUCCGCUACCUCAAUAACAGUAGAGAACUAAAUUCGAGAUUAUAAAUAUUUUUUCUGUGUUUUUAUUUAAGGUAUUACUGGGAAGACGACCUCCUGAUUCGGGCAGUAAAUGCAGAAUUUAAAUACGGUUACGAAUAUCUUGGUAACAGUGGCCGACUCGUCAUCACCCCUCUCACUGACCGAUGUUACCUUACAUUAACUGGAGCGCUACAUUUGACCUUCGGUGGAGCGCCUGCGGGGCCAGCUGGGACUGGCAAGACGGAAACAACAAAGGUUAGAGUCGGAUGAGUUAGAUCUCAUUCCACAGUGACUAAGAAGGGAAUAUUUUGUAUGUUACGUCACACGCGCUCAAAACUAAUCAAUAUACGUUCCACUUCGUUAAGACUAUAUUCCAUUUUUUAAAUUUUUGAUACGUUUCUGAAGCGGCAAACAAACUUAAAAAGUAUGUUUAGUGCUUUAUCUGUAAAAUUCUGCUAAAAUGAAGAGAUUUUAGAUGGUACGCCAAAGAGAAAAUGAUGUCUGAAGUUCAGUAACUUUUGCUUAUAUUUCGCCGUGGGCUGUUGGUCAAAAUUAUUUCGCUUCGUGGCACCCAUGUGGGAAAUACUUGGUUUGGGGUUUAUUUGAAAGGCAUAUAGGUACAUCACUACCAAAAAAAGUUCCCAAGCAAAAAAGUUGCCCAAUCCCGAGAAAAUGGGUGAUCAAUGAUUAUCCUCUAUUAAAUUGUAUUACAGCAAAAAAAUGGGAAAUUCUGUAUUCAAUUACAAUAAAAAUGACUUUCAUCAUCGGAAAACGUACAAAAAACCGCAUAUAAGACUUUUAAACAGUUUUUUGAUUUUUCAAAUAGUCUUUAAGUUAUUGCUGUUUUAAAUGUGAAAAUUGGACCAAAAUGUCGCAAUAAGGACUGGGUACUAGGUCAAAAACGCGUUCUUGACAGCAUAUAACUCGAAAACAAUUUUAGAUAUAAAAAAUUUUUGUUGUAAUUGAAUACAAAAUUUUACAUUUUCUUGCUGUAAUACAAUUUAAUAGAGGAUAAUCACUGAUCACCCAUUUUCUCGGUGUUGGGCAAGUUUUUUGCUUGGGAACUUUUUGUGGUAAUUAAGCAUCUAUGGUUCUAUGAAUUGAACCACAGAAAAUCUAUUUCCCAGGAGGGUGCCACGAAAUUGCUUUUCUAGGCACUUUUUCGCACAACAGCCCACGGCCUAUAUUCCUGUACAAAUAUGGCGCGAAUUUUACAGCAUCAAUGAUAAUUGUAUUUAAAUUGACAAUAUUUAACUAUUAAUUUGUGUUUCUCAACCGCCAGAUGCAUUUAAAAGGUUGCUAACUAUGUAAACUACAAAAAUAAAGCUAAAACAAAGUAAUUUGAGAGGAACACCAAAAAGAUUUAGGUUUUGAACACUUUUCACGGCAAAUACACGAUAUUGAAGAAAAUUGCCUCUUAAAUACACCAGAUUUCCAAGUGUGAGAUAGGAGAAGAUUUCAUCCCAGCUGCCGGCUUUAAGAUUUUUGCCAAUGGUCUCUGAGUGCUUGAGAAAACCUGAUGUUAAAACAAGUAUUAAACUAAUAUUAAACGCUUUGAAUCUUACAUUUCGUGUAGGAUCUGGCCAAAGCUAUGGCGAUCCAAUGCGUCGUAUUCAACUGUUCUGAUCAGCUGGACUUUAUGGCCAUGGGGAAAUUCUUUAAGGGACUCGCCAGGUAUUAUAAGUUUUGAAAGAAAGUUGUUCAACUGCAGAAUUUAUUACAACUUCCUUACAUUUUUUGUUAUGUGGCAUCAUUUGCUAAAUUCAUGUCUUAUUCUCAGCUCUGGGGCAUGGGCGUGUUUUGAUGAAUUCAAUCGCAUUGAUGUCGAAGUGUUGUCUGUGGUCGCACAACAGAUUUCUACCAUACAGCAAGCACUUCAAAAUAAG